AUGUCCUCCUGUACUUCUGAGAACAAGGGUAGAAAACUUGCUACUGCCACCAAAUGGGCCCAUGAGGCGUCUUACCACAGCUCGUCUGACGACGAUGUCACUUUCGUGGAGAGCAAUCCCCUUUCCUCUCGCGGUAGGUUGAUCACUAUCUAUGAUCAUAUACCCCCUACCCAUCUUUACAUCGGUAUCGGUCGCUCUCGUUGA